AUGCCGUACGAGAUGGUGACCGUUGGGGGGAAAAAGGACCUGCCGAAAGCGGCAAUUCCGAUGUCAGCGCGACAACGUGAUGCGGUCGGCAGACUCCCAUUCGAGCUUUCCGAUCACAAGACGCGUACCAAGCCGAGAGCAGAUGGGUUGAAGAUUUUCUAUUGGACUAUGCCAGGAGAUAACAUCGGUGCGGUGGCCAUAAAAUGUUUUAUUUUCCCUCGUUCCAAGAACCGUACAAGACCCGUAGAGAUCAUCGCAGAUCUACCUUCCAUCUUCCUCUUCAAAUGCGGCUACCGCUUGAAGAUCGUCCACGCUCAUGUUUCCCCUUAUCUAGUUCGAAGUCCUAGCUGGAUAAUUCAGUUGGCGAUCCAUGGAUGGCGAAUACAGUGGCAUGUGUCUGUGUCUGUGGCCAACGUCAUGAUUGAUCUCGAAGCGCCGUCUUCCAGGCCGGGAGCAUUUAUCGUCGUCAGGACAGACCAGUCGCUCAAGAUUGGUUCUAUACAGAUGCCAAAACUCCCAAGCCCCAAUCCCCUGUCUUUUUGUGGGACCUAUGACGGUCUGCCCUCCAAGAUUGGAAAUGAUGUCAAUGAGAGCUCCAGACGCGUCUUGAAGGACCAGGAUUGCAGGAACAUACUGAUGCUUGAACACCGUACCUUUGACCUAUCUCGCAUCCUCGUUGGUCCUGUUGAUCCUACAAAGAUUGCAUCCGUUCUCCACUGGGAGAUGGCAGGAGUCGUGCCACCUUCGGUUAUCAAUCCGGCUUUGGAGAUGCUGAACGGGAUAGGGCGCCCGGAGAGGACGCGCUUGAUCGAUAAAUUUGUCAACAGAGCUAAAUAG